AUGGCUGCGUUGAUUCAAACAACAAGGGCGAGGCCUCUGGUGCCGCCGCCGUUGCAAAUGAUGAUUACACUGGAACCGACAACGUCAAUUUUGGUUCCAUAUGGAAAUGAAAGUGCUCCUUGGUCUUCUGAUUUUUCUGAUUUCAAUUCUAUGAUGAAGAAUAUGAAUAUUCCCAUUAUUGAAGAUGAAGGAUUGCACAUCAACUCAAAGAGUAGUUUAGUCUUUGAUGGUUUAACAAUUUCUAUCACGAGGGCUGACCGGUCUAUUCUUCAACGAUUGGACGCUGAGAUGAAAGCUCCUUAUUUGCAUGUUCGAGUUUGUGGUGCUUGA